AUUCUGGAAAGCCCCCGACCUAAACAAAUAGACUCAUCACCCCGGCCAGGAUCAGAAUUUCAAUUUCCCCCCUCACGAACGUAUUUUCGCUGAGACGCGAUCAGUCAUGCGAUCCGGUCCCCCCGGGUUACCUUCCCUCACUUAGUAAAACGCACAAUACCCGACGAAGAUGAGAAUGAGAACGAUAUCCCAGACGUUGUGCCGCGCAAAAUACCCAACGGCACUAUCUCAGUAUCGCAUGUACCAAACUCACUGGUGAAGGAUGGGUAGGAGAUGGAGGGAGAAUGGCAUGAAGCCAUGACGUAGCCAACAUCAGACUUGGGAAGAGGUGUUACUUGGGAAAAAUCAUGAUGCGGGUGACUCUGACAUUCCUGUUGGUUGCUAUUGGACUCCAGGGAGUCUGUGGACAGAGCAACUAUGCCUCCCAGGGGAAUAGCAUUGAGUAUCAACCGGGACUACCACCGAGCACUGUACUCGAUGGAAAAGUCACAAAGCUCGAUGAAUUAUCACCGAUAAUAUUUUUAAAUCGAACGAAGGCAUAUCUAAACUGCAGCCAGGGGAGUAUGGAAGUCGAGUUGAAAUUUCAAGAGCCUUUUUAUGGUGUUGCCUACGCGGAUUUCGAUAGAAAUAGCGCAUGCUUUGUCAGAGGACGUGGGCUGGAUCAUGCCAACUUGCAGCUGCCUUUAAAAGGAUGCGGCACCAAACAGGAUCCACAGCGAGUCUUUACGAAUAAUAUUGUAGUGCGAUUCCAUCCGGGGCUUGAAAUGGACGGGGAUGAAGUUAUUACGAUAAUUUGUCGAUACCCACCACCAGUUACCCCAAAGCCGGACCCGAUUCCUCUGCCAAUUGCACCUGUCCUGACACCAGCUCCGAGUCCGCUGAAUGGUCUGCAAAUUCUGCUGACGAUAUGCGCAUUGUUGUUCCUCUCGCUGCUCCUCCUCGGUCUGGGCUGUUCGUACCUCUGCCUAAAGCGUCGAAAUGUCCGGGUAAUUCACCGCCACCCCCUCGAGAGUGCUUCGGGAUCGGAGAUAACGAAGUUAUCGCAGUCGUCCCUCGGUCACAUAUCGAUGUUCGAGGGUCUGAAGAUUCCGCGAGCGCACGCUCUCCUGCACGCAACAGCCUCGUCAUCAGGUAGCGAAGCUAACCUCGUCAUUGACCACUCAGACACCCUCCCCAGCGAUUACCCGAGUGAGAGCCACUCGGAGGUGGGUAUAGAGACAACUCACGCUUAUGGUUUCGAGGAGGUAAUUCACUCGAGCCGAUCAACGACGUCAUUAACCCCGGGAUUAUCGCACGUGGACGACAUGCGAUCGCUGCCGCUGUCCUCAGCCGGCUCCUACGACAACAAGGCCUUCGUCCACAGCCAGGACAUGCGCGCCACCAGCUCCAUAUACUCAGAAACGAUAGCUGACGUGGAGACAUCAGGAAUGACAAGCGUAACAGCAUCACGAGUGUCUGUCCCUCGUCACCCGGUGGCCGUUCCAAUUUCUCCCAAAUUUGAUGUGCAAAUGAGAGUGAAGCGAGCACCACCACCACCACCAAGUCCCCUUCCCUCGGAGUCGGACGCUAGUACAGCCCUCGAGAGGAAUCUCACGACCAUUCUAGAGAGAGAGGAGACCACUCGAUCGAUGGAGAGCCCAGCCCCCAGGAUGACUACCUUCUCGUACGUCCCAGAACUUCACGGACCACCGAGCAGUACAAUCUCCCGUCAGCAGACACCACCAGUGUACUCGAGGAUUUUGCGAAAGCAAGCGGAACGCGAAAGCUACGAAAUAACUACGCAUCCUCCGCCGUCGGCGACGAUUCACCGGCCGAGAACGCUGAAGACAUUGGACGAAUUCAGCGAGACGAGAACUAUGACAGAAAUGACAGACGCAUCUCACGCUAAAUAUCGUGUGGCGAGUAUACUCGCACCAACACCACCACCACCACCACCGAUAGCACCGACGCAUGCCUCGAUACAGCAGCGGGAUAGUAUGAGAGAGGAGGUUGAACCGCUGGUGGAGGCGGUUGUGUCGCCGAGAAGACCAGAGAUAACGACCCACGAGGUUGACGACGUCUUCUUGCGAACGGUAACGGAGAAGAAGACCAUCGAGGAUGUGGAGAGACACCGGCGACAGGUGACUGAGUAUCGCGCGAGACCCCAGCUCGAUCCAAAGUGGGACGUGACAAUCAGGAAUUAUCCGACUCAGGAACUACCACCACCUCCACCACAGUGGGAGAACUUCUCGGACGUCAGCUCAGCAUCGAACUUGACGAUAACGAACGAAUUGAAUCACAGACACCUGGAGGACGUUGACUCGACGAUACAGCCGACUUACUCGCGUGCUGAGAUGCCUUCGAGGUCACCAAUGGGUCUGGACGAUGGUGACGAUAAUUGGGAGACCCUGUCGCGUGUGCUGGAGCCUCAGUAUGCUGGUGAGCUGACUGAGGAUGAUCGGGAAAAGUGGCGAGAAGUCAUAACGACUGAGAGCACACUGAGAACUCUCUUGCAUGAGGCUGUCGUCAAGGAGGAUUAUGACCUCAUCAGGAAGGACGAGAGGUAUCAGACACUGUUCCCGGAGACCAAGUGGGACGUUAUCAUCCGAAUCUUGAGUCCUCCAGCCACUUCCAUUGGCUCCAGCAAGAGCGGACAGAGGUACAAGCGAGGAAAGGGAUCUGAGUGGGACAGCAGGUCCAGGAGGUCAUCUCUGCCGACUCUCUACGAGUACGACAGCGACGGUGGCACCUCCAUCAGGACUCACGACGUCCCCGGGGUGCCGUCUGAAGAGAGAAGGCGCCUCUCCUCCGCCAGGGGUGGCAGCGAGGUUGACCUGCGGUCAAUGUCCGAGACCAUUCGGGAGUUUAAGAUGCAGAGGGACGAUGUCAGCUUGAGCUCCUACGACGCUGACUCAAUCGUCAGGUCCCUUAGCCAGCCUAGCCUGGUGAGAUCAGGCUCGGAGUUCACGGAGCACUGGGGCUUGCCUGCCAGGAACCUCAGGACGUGGGCACCGGAGCCAGAGGAGACUGCAAGCUCUCCCGAGACGACCCCUAGGGCGGUCAGGAGGGGAGACAGGGUCGAGGUGAUGACGUCCUUCAAUUCGGGGCCCAGGCAGGGACCCAGUGGGGUCUCUACAUUCGCUAGGUCCACUAGGUAUGAGAGGGAGACUGUCAGGGUGGGGGAGCAACCCAGGUCGAGCUGGUUCACCGAUGAUUCGGAACCCGAAAUGCAAAUUUAAACGAACGAUACUAUGAUGCUUGCCGAUGGUUGGGGGUCAAAAUUAAAGAUCUUAUCACUUCCGCCGAAUUAUUGAAUAUAGAUACACUUGUUAUAUUCAUCACUGCCCAGAGAUAUUUUUAACUGAUGGUAAAGACAUAAUUCUUAAUGAUUGAAUUUUACAAAAACGCGGAAUCGUCACAAGUCACUGUAGCAUCGCGGAUCAACUGCCCGAACGAUUCCUCGUCGAUUUAUAUUUUUUUUUCCAUUUUAACCGAUCGAUCUUUUUGGGUCGAUCGCCGGACUUUCCACUUGCCACUCGCAAAAUGAUUUUUUGAUAACUUUUUUUUAAUGAACAAUCGAGUGGGACUGUAGAGUCCGGCUGUGUCAGACGCUUUCGUUUCGAUAAUUGUUUAUUAGAUCGGAAUAUUCUAACGGAGGCGCCUGAUAAUUUCUUAGUCGCGUAACACUUUGGCUUUCUAAUAAGACAUCUUUCGUUUCACGUAGUAACGAGAAUAAGCUGAAUUAAAAUCGAUAAGUCGCCAAUUACCCACGAGCGCUAGUGAUAGUAGUCGCAUAAGUGAAAACGAAAAAAAAAAUCUAAAAUAUAUGAAAACAAUUAAAAACAACGGUGCUGGGUCCACGCUUCCUCUAAAAUAGAAUUACAGUAGAUCGUAAGAAAUUGUCUUUUUAUAAACAUGAACAAAACGUACUAUGAACGAAAUAAAUGAGCUGUUGAUGCUGAGGAGGGGAGUAAUGUUGUGAAAUAGAAUGACGGAUAACAUUCAGUGGCAUAAUUCUACGGGAGACGUGUAUCAAGGGGGAGAAAAAUAUAUAAAUGAGGUAGAAGAAAAGGUAAUUGGGUCGGCUGAUGGCUGCAACCCCGCUGGCACCAGUGGGAAAGGAAAGCUCAGAAAAUGUUUAAUUCAGGGCUUCCAGUGAGUUUGUUCAUAAAUGUCGGACCAUCAUCCCUUAAUUAAUCAUACGAACUUGUUUCCUCUUGCCAAUUUUUCUUCGAUCUAUUCCAUACACAAAUUUAAUAAAGAUAUUUUUAAUCGAAA